AUGCCUCUGUUCUUCAGAAAGAAGAAACCCAGUGAUGAUUCUAAGAAGAGACUGGAAUAUCAGCUGUGUCGGUCAAAAGAAGCGGGUGCCGAUGACAUCCUGGACAUCUCCUCUUGCGAGCUGUCAGAGGUUCCAGCGGGUGCCUUUUCAAUUUGCAAAGUUCUCCAGAAGAAGGUUCUUAUUGUACACAACAACGAGCUGAAGUCACUGCUUCCCAAAGGAAUUGACAUCACUUCUCUUGGCACUCUCAAGGUUUUGGAUUUACAUGAUAAUAAACUCAAUUCACUCCCUGAGGACAUUGGGAAGUUGACAUCUUUGCAGAUUUUGAAUGUGGAGAAAAAUCGUUUGAAAGUCAUUCCAGAAUCCAUCGGGGAUCUGCGGCUGCUACAGACACUCAAUUUGAAAGGCAACUGUCUGAGUGAACUACCCUCGACAAUUAGCUCUCUGUCCAGUUUGCGUACCCUGGAUGUGAGUGACAACCUCAUCAUCCAGAUUCCCCAAAAUUUCGCUUAUAUCCGCACACUGGAGAACUUGAUACUAGAUGCAGCCACAAUGACUUACCCUCCUGCAUCUGUGUGCAUGGAAGGUACAGAAAACAUCCAGCACUUCCUAUGCUCUGAGCUGGGAGAGGAGUACUGCCCCCCAUCCCAGUAUCUUCUACCUGUGCUGGAAAUGGACAGUGGCCAACUCGUCUCUGACUGUGUGGAUGCCGUAGAUGACGCUUGGCAGAAUAAAUUCAGUGAAUACGAGAAGAGAAAGAUUCAGAAACAGGAGGAAAAACUGGCCUUCGAGCGACACCGAGAGGAGAAACAAAAUGAGCACACCCAGCUUUUACUCAUGAACACCUCUCAUAAAGUGGAUAUACUGAACUCAGUUCGCUUGGAACAAGAACGGCUAGAGCAGGGCGUCACCAUGCAGCAGCGUGCCCAGGAGUCGGAGAGAUUACUGUUGUUGGACAAAGUAAGACAAGCUGAAGACAGCAUCAGCAGUCGAAUCACUAACAUGCUGUUGGAUAACCACAGGCAGAAAAAGAGUGCUGAGUUUCUCCAAUCCAUGGAAGAAGACCGGAUCCGUAUGGAGCAUCUGACUGCCAUCACACAGGAAGAAGCUAACUCUCUGAGGAAGAGAGAGAUAGCCGCGGCUAUGCAGAAGAUGCUGUCUGACAACUGUGCUGUGAGCCUCCUCCAAGAAGCCAGUGACUAUCGGAGAAAGAGCUUGGUGUCUGAGGCCUCCAGAAGUAUGGAGAGUCUGGAGAAGAAGUUUGAUAAGAUGCUAUCCAUCCAAGUUUUGGACAAAUCAAAAGCCAUUGCUCAAAUUUUACAGGAGGAGGAGAUGCAAAAAGCCGCAUUCCAAGCGCUGCAGUUACAGAAAGACUCUGUCCACGGUUACAUCCGCAACCAGAUCAAGCUUAUUGAGGCUGAAUUAAUGCAGCUGACUAAACUGGAAGUUAAAAGACGCAAUCUGGAUGCUGAGAACCUUCAGGAAGUGCUAGUGGACCAGCGCACGGCUCUUGGUGAUUUGUUGCAGCAGCUGCUGAAACAGAAGCACCAGCGAGAACAAGAACUGCUGCAAGUUCUGGUGGAGAUGGAGUUGAAGUCAGAGUCCACCCAGCAGAACUACUGGAUGAUCCAGUACCAGAGACUGCUGGAUGCCAAGCCCUUGUCACUGCGCAUGCAGGAAGCCGGUGUGGAAAAAGAGUUAGUAAAUCUACUAUGCAAACUGUCAGCUCAGCAUUACUUGCCUAUCAUGGCUCACCAUCGCGUGAAUACCGAGGCCCUUCGCCACAUGAACUCUUCUGACUUAAAGAAGCUUGGCAUUGCCGAAAUUGGCAUCCAGAAAGCUCUCCUGAACUGGGCUCGAGAUCGCAAGCCUGAAGGUGCUUGUAAAGUGGUGGAACAGAGCAAAGACGUUCCCGCUCCAGAGCCAUCCGGUUUCUUCUUUUCAUCACUACCCAACCAUUCUGGCGUUUCUACCCCAAGCCCGCCUGUUACGCCCGGUACUCCUGUUACGCCAUCAGCCCCGAGCCCAAUAGAGGGAAUUGGAAGCUCAGAAUGUGUUGUCUGCAUGGAGACAGGGGCUCAAGUCAUCUUUCUGCCAUGUGGCCAUGUUUGCUGUUGUCAGGUCUGUAGUGACGCCCUACUGAAGUGCCCCCUGUGUCAAGGUGCCCUGUCGCAGCGCAUACGCCUUUACAUCAGCUAG